AUGGACGAGGACGCCCAGGAACCCCCGACCAAAAAGUGCCGCGUGGAACCGCAGGAUGCCAAAUCAGACCCCGAUCCUCAGGUUCCAAGCCGUGAAUCUCCGCCUUCGGGAGGGCCACAAGCCAUCCUGCCCGAUCCCUCUCCAGCAGACUGCAGCGGCGGCGGUUGUGGCGGCGGCGGCGACGAGGAGGAUGACGAGAACGCACCUGUCCAAGUCAAGUACGAGGUCGUCGAAGAAGUGGUCGCCUACGAGUCCUGCUCGACGAUGGCUAACGACCCCGACGACGAGGCCUGUGACAACCCGGAGCCCCUGGUACCGCUUCCCGCGGAAGAAGGCGAGCCUACCGACGGCAGCCCAGCGGGCUCACCCGAACUGGCCGAGCUGCGGGCAGAAUGGCCCGUGUCUCCGUCCCAGGCCGUCCCCGUCGGUGCACGGGAGCCAUUGCCCAACAUGUACACGCUGCAGUUGAUGGACCAGCAGCACAUGGACAUGACCGGUGUCUGUCCGGAGCACAUGCCGUAUGACUACCGGAUGAUGACGCUCAACCAGGGACCCCCCUCGGAGGACUUUCAGGACCAGCCGCCACCGUACUUGCUGGCGCACGGCGGUGGGUACUCUGUGCGGCUCUUGCAGGACGAGUCUCAGGGAGAUAAACUAAAGGGGGCCCGUGUCUUAGUCGACGGUGAAGUGCCUGACGAGGUGUAUCCAACUCUUGACGCGGGUCAGAGGACGGCCGCGUACGCGCACCACACAGUGAUAUCGUCGCCUGGGCAGCAGGCGUCUUACGUGAUCAGGGAUGUGAGCUACGCCUUACCUCAAACACUGCAACAGCAGCAGCCACAGCAGCCGCAGCAGGUGCAGCCGCAACCCCAACACCAACUUCAGCAGCAGUCGCAGCUGCAUCACCAGCCAUCAACGCAUCAAUCCAGAAGUACCAGGAGCAGUGGCCGCACGAGAGACCGAACCCGAAGCUCGAGUACCCUGAGCCGCGAAGAACAGAAGCGGAAUGCCUGCGACCGUGAACGCAGCCGCAUGCGUGACAUGAAUCGGGCCUUCGACCUGCUCCGGGAAAAGCUGCCUUUCUGCAAGCCGCCGGGCAAAAAGUUCUCCAAGAUCGAGUCGCUCAGGAUGGCCAUCAAGUACAUCGCGCAGCUGGAGUCCAUCCUGUCGUCGCAGGCGUCCCCUACGACGGGCGGCUCAAGCGGCCAGCACUACGACUCGUCCUUCUUCCCUCCUACCAUGUGGGCGACGGCGCCAAACUACUACAGCUGGGUCAGACAGGAGGUGGAAAACGGUGGCCCCAGCGGAGGCCAGCCCAAUGGAAUGGGCAUGGAGUCGCCCAACCCAAGUGCCUUCUCGCCACCCAGUCCCAAGUACUUCAACAACUGUGAGAAAGUGAAGGAGAUGCCAGCAGAAGGCUACUGGCACCCUGACAGUGCUCAAACUGGACAGUUUGUGUACCAGUAGUGUCACUACUGGCCAAAGUGCUUAUAUACUGCCGUCCUUGUAUAAUUUGUAAAUGUUUCCUCUAGUCAGUGCCCCUCAACAGUGCUGCAAGAGAAAGGCGAUGCUCAGGCGCCAAACCUUAGCUUUGCCUUGUUAGUGACUGUGAAUGGGCGUACUUCCCCAGAAUGUGCUGAAUAUCUGCAACGAGCGCAGCAACAUUUCAGGAAAAGGUUUGCUUGUCUUCCAAAGUUGGAUCUUAUUUAUUUGAUGCCUUUUUUUAAGUCCAUCCUAUCAUGAUGGCCAGGCCAUUCCGUCCCAACAGCCUUGAAAUUUGUUCAGAGUCAAGUCGCUCAGCGGUGAAGCCACAAUCCACUGUCAAUAAAAACCUCCCUGAGGGAGUAAGCAUAGAUGAGAACUACUGGUAUAUGUGCUUUUAAGAACUACACCAAAGCAAGACACUUGCAUGUGCCUUCUCACAAGUCCAGUGCCGGUCCAAAGCAGUUUUGAAAACACAUGAUAAAACUGGUUCAUAAUGCUGUACUGGUUUUCAAUUGUGAACUACUGGUUAUGAACCUACUUCAAGAAAUUAGUGCAUGUAGCUGGGAAUAAUAUUCGGUUAAAGUGUUAGCCACCAAACAGCAAACUAUGAACUUGAGCUAGUCAAUAAAAAAGAUUGGCUAUUUUUGUGCUGAUCAAUAGGACAGCUAAGAAUAUAUAUUAUACUUCUUUUCAUUCUUUAUAAAUCAAGCUAUAUGCAUUAGAAAGCUUCCAGAUCGAACCCAAUUGAAAGGGUCACCCCAGCCAAAAUUGUGUCUUUUCCAUUUCGUUUACCAAUUCUAUUUCCUAUGUCUGCAAAGUGCUCAAUAGUAUGUUUCACACUGGUAGUCGAUAAAUGAGGAACUCCCAGUGGCUCAGAAAGCACAUGCCUUAGCCUAUCAGCUCCCGUUCUCACCUCUCAACUGCUCAACAUCAGGGAGAUUCUUUGUUCCCAUGGUUGGGCGGGAAAACUGCAGAUAAUGUUUUGCCAAUCGUAGUUCUGAACAAGUUCUUGGGACUGGAGCUUUUGUACAGUGACUAAACAGGAAUCAGCAUACUCCCAUGUCCUCAGGUAAAUCUUGGCAAUAUUAGCUUCGCUUGCAAUUUAGGGGCCUGAUGGAAUUACACAACUUUAAAAAUGUGGCUUGUGGUCCGUGCCAUGGCACUCACCCCCUUUGGCUGGAGUGGCCCUUUAAAGUCUACACUAAUGUUCUGAGUAUGUGAUUAACAAGAAGGAAGUUUUUCUUGGAAUUUAAAAGUACAGAUUGUUUGAACUGUACCUAAACAAAAAAAUGCAAGAAAACCCAAGUGCCUCUUGUAUGUUUGUGACAAUGUGCUUUUUUAAAUUUGCAUCUUUUAUGCAGUCUCAUGUAUUGUCUGAUUCCCCAAUAAAACAAUGUUUAUUCCCACG